AUGCCUUUUUCCACAGAAUCAAAGCCUGUGGGCUCAUACCCGUCAACGGGCAUCGAUGUACUCAUCGUCGGCACCGGGCUCGCCGGUCUAACAGCGGCAAUCGAGUGCAUUCGGAAAGGUCACAGUGUGCGCGUGUUAGAACGAAACGCAGGCAUCAACACGGUCGGUAUGUUCACGGAAGACACCAAUUCCAAUUUCACCUCCGGGACAAUGAAGAAUUUGCUCAUCUUUUCCUCAGGAGAUAUGUAUUUCAUGGGCCUGAGCGCAACCAGGUUCUUCAAACACUGGCCCGAAAUGGCAAAGGAGUACGACGAAAUCUCGCUGCACAACGCUUGGAUCGAGACGUUCAAGCACGACGGCACACACAUGAUCCCGCCGCUGAAGGUCGCAGACCGCCUGCGCGACGCCGGCCUCGACCCCAGCACGCCCCCGGGGACCUUUCAGAUGAGGCCCCUCGUUUAUAAGAUGUUCGUUGCGCAGGUUGAGCGACUGGGGGUGGAUAUCCAGUUCGGCAAGCGCGUCGUGGAUUACUUCGAGGACGACGAGAGCCAGAGGGCUGGGGUGGUGACUGACCAGGGCGAGAGGUUUGAGGCAGACGUGGUCAUCGCCGCCGAUGGGGUAGGGUCCAAGAGUCAUGGGCUUGUUGGCGGCCAGGUCAGAGCCAUGAGCUCCGGAAGGGCUAUGUGGCGGGCUGCCUUCCCGAAACAUCAUCUAGAUAAGAACCCCGAAGUCAAGGAGUUCUUCAAGAUGGUUGAUGGCGAGACUGGUGAGGAGCCCAUCAUCAGAACAUGGCUGGCCCCAGGAGCGUACGGUCUCACGUUGACUCGUCCCGACACAAUUGUUUGGACUAUCAACCACGAUGUAACGGGCUCAGAGAAAGAGUCAUGGCGAAACACAGUAGAAUCCUCCGAAGUCCUCGCAAACAUGGACAAAGGCGUCGGCCCAACCCCCUGGGCCCCAAUCUUCAAGCAACUCAUCGCCCUCACCCCGCCCCAGACAAUAGUCAAUUUCGAGCUCUUCUGGCGCAACCCCCAGCCCAAGUGGGCCUCACCGCGCGCCCGCGUCAUCAUGAUCGGCGACGCGGCGCACUCGUUCCUCCCGGCCUCGGGCAACGGCGCCACCCAGGCCAUCGAGGACGCCAUCUCGCUCGCCUCGUGCCUGCAGCUCGGCGGCAGCGGGGGCAACAUCCCGCAGUCCGUCCGGGCGCACGUCCGCCUGCGCUUCGUGCGCAACGCGUGCGCGCAGAAGCUGGGGUUCAGCAACGCCGAGCUGCUGCAGGACACGGACUGGGGCAAGGUGAGGCUGGACCCGCGGCGGGCGCAGCCGAAGCUGCCGAGGUGGGUUUUCAGCCACGAUCCGGAGGGGUAUGCGUAUGAGAACUAUGAGAAGGUUGUGGAGAGUAUGAGGAAGGGUGUCCCGUUUGAUGAGGACGACAGCAUCCCGCCUAAUUAUCCGCCGGGGUAUAAAUAUGAGGAGUGGAACAUUGAGCAGAUCAUGGAGGACAUCCGGAACGGAAAGCCGGUGGAGCUAGGUGCAGGGGACUGGAGAUGA